UGAUAUUUCAAAGCCCUAGAUUGGGACAUCAAGUGACAUUUUAUUUUAUUUUAUAUAAUUUUUUGUAACAAAUCAUAUAAACAAAUACUAGUCAGAAAAUGGCAUUAUAUUUAUUACAUCAACUUACAUGUUAAACCUUAAUUUAUACUCAGAAACUGUCCUCCACAAGACCAUGUUUGAGCUUAGCAAAUUACUUCUUCCUUCGUUAUGGCUAAUCCUCCCAUUGCUACUUAUACUCAUGAUCAACAAGUUUUUCUCCUUCCAAAACCGAAAAGCUUGUCAAUCUACUAACACCACGUUCCCAAAAUCUUAUCCUAUUAUCGGUCACUUGAUCGCCAUUUAUCAACACAAGGAUGAGAGGUUCCAAUGGUUCUCAUCCCUUCUACUCAACUCCCCAACUGGGACCAUCGUCAUCCACCACCCUUUCGGAUGGCGGAGCAUCGAAACUAGCAACCCGGCCAAUGUUGAACACAUGCUCAAGGCUCAGUUUCCCAUUUACCAAAAGGGGCCUUAUCAGAAGUCCAUUCUGAAGGACCUUUUAGGGAAUGGCAUAUUCAAUGUUGAUGGUGAUAUGUGGAAGUUUCAAAGAGAGAUUGCUAGCUAUGAAUUCAACACCAAAUCGCUACGAAAUUUUGUAGAAACGGUUGUUGAUACCGAGCUUUCUGGUAGGUUGAUCCCAAUCCUGCAGGAGGCUGCCAGGAAUCAGACUGUCCUUGAUCUGCAGGACAUGUUAAAAAGGUUUGCGUUUGACAAUAUUUGCAAGAUUGCUUUUGGUUACGAUCCAGAAUAUCUGUCACCUGCUUUACCACAGGCUAAAUUUGCUGAUGCUUUCGAGGAUGCUGUGAUGAUUAGCGGUCAGAGAGCGAGAUCAUAUUGGUCGAUGCUGUGGAAAGUCCGCAGGUUACUUAGUAUUGGUUCAGAGAAAAGGCUCAAAGAAGCAGUGGAUGAAAUCAGGGGUUUUGCGAUUUCCAUUGUAAGACAGAAAAAACAGGCAAUGCUACUAAAAACACAGGAAUUUUCUUCAUCAGAACCAGAAGACUUACUGUCAAGAUUUCUUAAAUCAGGUCACUAUGAUGAAAAAUUUGUUUCUGACAUCGUUAUCAGCUUUAUCCUUGCUGGCCGAGACACUACAUCGGCUGCUUUAACAUGGUUUUUCUGGAUGAUCCACAAGAACAAACAUGUAGAAGAAGAGAUCCUAAGUGAGAUCAACAAAGGCAAGGGAAAACAGGAAAUUAAAACAGAAAAUUCCUCUGUUUUUGAACAAGUAAAAGACAUGGUCUACACCCAUGCUGCACUAUGUGAGAGCAUGAGGCUCUAUCCACCAGUGCCUGUAGAAGCGAAGGAGGCGGCUGCCAACGACGUGUUACCGGAUGGCACACACGUCAAAAAGGGGAUGUGGGUGGUUUACAUUCCUUAUGUUAUGGGAAGAAUGGAAAGCAUAUGGGGUACUGAUUGGGCUGAAUAUAAGCCUGAACGUUGGCUGGAACUGGAGGAUGCAGAAAAGACAGGGAAGGAGAAAUGGAAGUUUGUGCCAAAGGAUCCGUAUUCGUACCCUGUGUUUCAAGCCGGGCCUCGGGUUUGUCUAGGGAAGGAGAUGGCAUUCUUGCAGAUGAAGAGGGUGGUGGCUGGUAUAUUGGAGAGGUUUCGGGUGGUUCCGGCAGUUGAAGAAGGGUUUGAGCCAGUUUAUCUUCCUCACUUGACAUCGGAGAUGCAAGGUGGUCUUCCAGUAAGAAUCCAAGAAAGGAUAGUAUAGAGGUUAACAAUUAGAAAUAGUAGC